GAAGAAGCACGUAUAGCGUCGAUCGAUCGUGGAAACAUCGCGAUGUUGUGUUGAUGGCUCGGGAAGUGCUGUGACUUGUGACCCUUACUUAGUGACUGAUUGAUUUACUUAGACUGUGAACAUACGUAGAUACAUAACUGGUACUGUGAUAUGUCAAGCCUACAGUGACUGAUACAUAAUUCAAAGUGAAGUUUGGAUUUGUUGGUCCAGCAACCGUCACCAAAGAUAUUAAGAUGAACCAAAAGUGCAAAGUAUGCGGGGAGCCGGCGGCAGGUUUUCACUUCGGCGCGUUCACCUGCGAAGGCUGUAAGUCUUUCUUCGGCCGAUCCUACAAUAAUCUGAACUCCAUCACGGAAUGCAAGAAUAAUGGCGAAUGCGUUAUUAAUAAGAAGAACAGAACGGCGUGCAAGGCAUGCCGUCUACGUAAAUGUCUGAUGGUCGGAAUGUCCAAAUCUGGCUCAAGAUAUGGCCGAAGAUCUAACUGGUUCAAAAUCCACUGUUUACUCCAAGAGCAGCAACAAGCUGCUCAAUCGCAGUCACCACCGAGAGUUCCACCAUCAUCACAUCCGUUAGCAUCGCCUUUUCCCCCUCACCUAUUUCCUGGAUUGGGAAGACCUCGAACUAAAGAAGAACUGACUCUGUUGGGGCUGGACGACUAUAAGCCUUGCUCCGGCUCACCGGAUUCUCACCGCAGUGAUUCGUCUCCAAAACUGGACGAGAAAGCACGAAUCACGCACUCCCGCCAAAUGGAUAGACCACUCACUCCGCCUAGAGAUACAUUUGUUCAUCUCCCCCUAGCCAAUAUGCCUUUGCAUCAUUUUCACCAUUCGCCAUUUCUACCGCCACCACCUUUUAGCCCUUUUGCACCAAACCAUCCACUGCUAUUUCCACCGGGUUUUCAUCCGAUAUAUUCCCGACAUUUGUUAGACCACGCGGCAAUGAGGCAAGCCGCUGAGAAUAACAACGACGUUAGGAUAGAUGACCAUAAUACGGAGACAUCAAAACGAUUCUUCUUGGAUGAAAUACUCAAGCAGCAGCGUUCUGCUCCACCAGUACAGGAAGAAGCCAUACCUGAAGCUGAGUUUGUGCCAACACCUCCAGCCGAAAGAAGAACUUCUGAGUCACCUCUGCAAGAAAACCCAAUGGACUUGUCUGUAAAAUCAGAUGGUAGAUCGAGUUCUGCCCGACGGCGGUCCGAGGAUAGUGAAGUGAUUACUCCGGAUAAUGACGAUCCGGAAUCAGCGAGCGACCGAGUAUCUGUCAGCGAAGAAGAAGACAUCUCAUACUCCCAAAUAAAGCGGAUCAAGCUUCACCCGCUUGACUUAACAACCAAAGUGUGACGCCAUAUUUAUCAACACCAGGUGCAGUUUCCAUAAAUUCUGUGGAACGGCGCUGAAGGCCACGAAAAGAAAACUAGUGAGGAUGAAGUUUUUCUCAAAUUUAAGUGCUAUCAGUGCGACUUCAAUAGCAGUGUCGUCGUCGCAUGACAAUUAGGGUCAGUUAACAUAAAGUUUUCGAUAAAUUUUCCAUGAAUUCAAUUCAACAAUUUGAAACAAUCAACGUGUGUAAAGGUACUGCCAUUCUUAGAAUUUGUUGUACAUGUACUUUUUCAAAUUCAUGCGUGUUUAGUUUGAUGUCGAUGAAAUGUUGCAUAAAUAUUUAAAAUAUUUAUUUCGCUCACUUUUUUGUUAGUAAAUAGUGCAUUACAAUAAAUGUGAACUAUAUCAUUUUAUUUUUGAACUAAAUUGUCUUGAUCGAGGCAUAGGAAAAUAUUUAGAAAAUUCUAUCAUUUGUGAGUCCUAACCCAGCGGACUUCCCGAGCGCUCUUUCUAUAGACUUUGCGAAACGCUGAAGGCCAGUAAAUCGGAUUGUGAUUAAUAUAAGUAGGACAAGAUUAGUCGCGGAUAAGUUUUGUUUGAAUUGUUAUCGAUUGAUUUAAGAGUCUAUCCAAAUACGUAACUUAAGUAGUUUAGUUGAAAUCAAUAUUGGUAAUGACCCGGUAAAGGAUGUACAAAUUGUGUGUAAAUAAUAAAUUAUUGUAUUAUAAGUAUUAGUGUAGUUAGCCAGUUCUAAUUGUAGCAACAUUCCGUAUUGUAUUUGAACCUUAUUGUUUUGUAUCGAAAUUAUUUAUUACAUUUAGUAGAAUCGAAUUGUCGACAAAUUAACCAGUGUCGGGUGCUUUGAUUUGUAUUUUGUUAUAGUGGCAAGCAUAGACUUAGAAAAUAUUAAAUAUAUACUAGCGUAAAGACGACCUGAAAGCCCAAUAAUGUGUGACAAAUUUUGAUUUGCCAAUGUGUGUGUUAGCUAGUUUAAAAUUCAAUAUACUACGAAGCUUAUGCCAAGAGUGGCAGACGACUUAAGACUUGUUCUUACAUCAUUAAUACGUCUAGAUAGACUAUAACAGCUGUGAAAACGUCGAAAGAAAUUGAGUUAACCUCUAUUUGGAACACUAACACAAAGUGUCACACAAAUUGUAAGACGUAGCUUGUCACGCACAAUUGUCUAACAGCAAAAGACUCUAUCUAGACGUAUAAAUUUUCUUAGGACUUGUUAAUCAAAUCAGUUACAGCAACAAUAUAUUCUCUUUUCCUCCUGUAUCUCCAUUAAAGAGCUUCUUCUCUUCACGAGUUCUUUGUCUAUAGGCUAGUAUAUUGUAAGUCCAUGUACCAAGCUUGUUUAGUUAUUGCUACGUUGAUUCGUAAAGGUAGCAUUGCUAUGUAUUUGCUCAAAGCAUCAUUGUUUUCUAUUUACUCAGAUGUGAGGUAGUCACAGGCGCACAUACUCAUAGUUUCGUGUAUUUUUAAAGGUUUUUGUAAAUAUUGUAGUUAGGAGUAAUUAAUACAGAGAACGUACAAAAUAAAAUGAUCUUGCACUCGA